AUGAGUGGGCAAUUUGAUUUUCGAGCAUCGCUACUCAAAACACAGGAACUUCUAUCCGACACUGAUCGACAUCGCUUGCAUUUUCUACUUGGUGAUGACAUUCCCAAAUAUUUACGCGAUGAUCCAUCUCUUACUGGAACACUUCGCGUACUUGAAACUCUUUUUGAUAGAUCUAUAAUCAAUGAUCAAGACUGCGACUACCUGAUUGAUGCAUUCUCAAAAAUUCAAUGUAACGAUGCUGCUAAACGACUUCAAGAAUACAAACAAGCACAUGGACAAAACAGUCGCCAAAAAUUCUCAUUACAAGAUAUUCUUCUACAAGACAGUGUUGAUGAUAAUAUGCGCACGACUGAAAUUACUCCUGUGACAUUCCGCAUACUACCGACUGAAACUCUUUCGCCUACAUGCACAAACCUAAACCUUGAAAACGAAGAAGUGCGCUCAACAUUACCUUGUCACAACGAAACGACAGUGUACAAUUAUAAAUAUCAGUGGAUUAAUCAAAUACUCAAACGACCAUCUAACACUUGUGCAUGGAUUCUACUCAUUACUGCUAUUUUAAUCCUGACAAGUCUUGCGUUAACUGUUUAUAUCUGGUUUAAAUAUUUUGGUAGGUUAUCAUUUACCCCAAAUUGUGGUUCCCAAAAUCAACCCCCAAAUCAUAUCUCCAUUUUGAGAUCUAAAAUAAAUCUUGGGCACCAAAUCGGGAUUUUGAUUUGGGGAUAUACAAUAUUGAAUGUGAUUCAAAAGUAUCGUACUUCUCGUACUAUGGGAGGCUAUAAUUUACCCCAAAUUGGUCACCAGUAUUCAAUUCCCAAAGAAAAUCCUCGUUUAGGAAUUUUUUAA